CUCCCCCGGAAGUCGCCCUCCUUUCCCUCGUCCGAGACCCAUCUCUGGAAACCCCGCCAUGAAUCUGAUGGCGUCUUCGAGGGCUUCUUGCUCGAAGGAGCAGCAGAAGAUCUACCAGCAGUGGUUCGCCUACGCCGACAAGGAUGGGGACGGGCGCAUCACGGGGAGCGACGCCCUCAAGUUCUUCGCCAUGUCGAAGCUGUCUCGGCCCGAGCUUAAGCAGGUUUGGGCCAUUGCUGACUCUAAGCGGCAGGGUUUUCUUGAUCUCCUAGAUUUCAUCAGUGCCAUGCAGCUUGUUGCACUGGCUCAGGCAGGAUAUGAGAUUACUCCAGAUGUACUGAGUCAUGCAGACUUGGAGAACUUAAAACUUCCAGUGAUGGAAGGUUUGGAUGCUCUGCUAGCUAAAUCUAAGCGCUCGGCAAAGAAAAGUGAUCAUCGUUUAGAUGCAUCUCCACAGCACCUAUUACCAGCAUCAGCUGCGUGGUUUAACUCAAAAGCAUCGAAGAAGGUCCCUCUAAGUUCAGUUACCUCUAUUAUUGAUGGUUUGAAGAAAUUAUAUAUCGAGAAACUGAAGCCUUUGGAAGUUGCAUAUCAAUUCAAUGAGUUUGUUUCUCCUUUGCUGACAAAUAGUGAUUUUGAUGCCAAGCCCAUGGUUAUGCUAUUGGGUCAAUAUUCUACCGGAAAGACAACAUUCAUUAAACAUCUACUUCAAUCUAGUUAUCCAGGUGCUCAUAUUGGACCAGAACCUACAACUGAUAGAUUCGUUGUUGUUACAUCAGGGCCAGAUGAGAGGAGUAUUCCUGGAAAUACUAUUGCUGUUCAAGCACAUAUGCCUUACCACGGUCUGACUGCAUAUGGAACCGGCUUUCUAUCAAAGUUUGAGUGUUCUCAGAUGCCACAUCCACUUCUGGAGCACAUUAAUUUCAUUGAUACUCCUGGGGUCUUAUCUGGAGAGAAACAACGAACGCAGCGCAGUUAUGACUUCACUGGGGUGACAUCUUGGUUUGCAGCAAAGUGUGACCUUAUCCUUCUCCUGUUCGAUCCUUAUAAACUUGAUAUCAGCGAUGAGUUUAAGCGUGUUAUUGGAUCUCUGCAUGGCCAUGAUGACAAAAUACGUGUAGUACUGAACAAGGCAGACCAAGUUGACACUCAACAGCUUAUGAGAGUCUACGGGGCAUUGUUGUGGUCUCUUGGAAAAGUUCUUAAUACGCCUGAAGUUAUGCGAGUUUAUAUUGGGUCAUUCAAUGACAAGCCAGUAAAUGAAGCAGCAAGCGGUCCAAUCGGAAAGGAGUUGUUUGUGAGAGAGCAAGAUGAUCUGCUUUCUGAUCUUAAAGACAUACCAAAGAAAGCUUGUGACCGCCGUAUCAACGAAUUCGUUAAGCGUGCAAGAGCAGCUAAGAUUCAUGCCUACAUAAUUAGUCAUCUGAAGAAAGAGAUGCCAUCAAUGAUGGGCAAGGCCAAGGCUCAGCAGAGGCUCGUCGACAACCUCGAAGAUGAGUUUGUAAAGGUUCAGAAGGAGUUUCAUUUGCCACCAGGGGACUUCCCUGACGUGGAGCACUUCAGAGAGGUGUUGAAUGGAUACAACAUCGACAAGUUUGAAAAGCUGAGGCACAAAAUGAUACAGGCUGUGGAUGAUAUGCUGGCAUACGACAUCCCAGAACUCUUAAAUAGGUUUAGAAAUCCAUAUGACUGAUGGUACUUCCCCUUUGACAUAGAAGAUCGACUCUUUGGAGCCGCAAAAGUUGGUGACAAGCAUGUGCUUCUCCAUGAGGAACUGGUUACGUUGGAGCUCACGAUUUUUAUGGUUUUUCAUUCUUGGUAAUAUUUGUCCUCCAUGGGGUGUCAAUUGUACCGAAAAGAAUAUUUAUGGAUCAGGUCUUGUUGUACAUGUAACAUAGGACUGGACACUUGAUCUCAUGUUUCA